CGACAUUCUUAGCAUGCAAUCGUGUCCGUUGACGUGCUACAAGUUGAUCCGGUAGAAGAAGAAUCGUCAAAAAAAAUAUUUUUAUUUUAAAAAAAUCAUUUUGAUUUAUUAAAAAAACACACAGCUCUGAUUUUAAUUUUAUUUUGAGAGAACAGUCGUGCGGCGAGACGCGCAAUCGAGAAAAAGUGAAGUGAAUAAAAAUAAAAAAUAAAAGAAAUUAAUUGGAAAUUAAUAAAGUGAAAAGGGGUUCUUGAGCCCUUUUGUUGAGUUUGUUGGGAUUAAAAAAUAUAAAAUAAUAAUCAGAAAUAUUACAAAAGAUAUAAGAACUCAUAAGUGGAUGAAAUAAAGCUCUAUAUAAUCCAUAUUGGGAGGAACAAUCAUAAUUUACAGAUCUGAACGAUUAUUUGUGCUUGAGAGAUGUGAAAAAUUGGUGCAGUGAAAAAAAAAUUGAAAUAAAGAAAUGAAAAAUUAUUGAGGAAGUGAAAUAAAAAAAUUAAUUUGAGGGCUUUUUGGAAAAUUUAUCAAACUAGUGAUCGAGAAAAAGUUGAUAAAUUGAAAUAGAAAGGUCUUUAUCAAAGUCAAAAAAUAUAUGAAAUCAUUAAAAAUAAAUAAAAAGUGACAGUUGAAAAAAAUUGAAAUUAAAAUUGUGAAAAAUUGUUUAAAAAUUUCAAAACACAAAAUAAAAAACAAUUCAAAAAUGCACCGGCAAAGGCAAAAGUCACCGCAAUUCAGCCCAACAUUGCUCUCCCUAAUUUUAAUCUUGACAUUCACUAAUCAAAUCACGCAAAUAUUAGCAGCAACAAGUCUACAGUCACCACAUCAUCAUAAACAUCGUCAUAAGCAUCAAUUUUUAACAAUAAAUAGCAAUCAAAUUCACGAUAUACGAGAAGCAUUCGAUGAAUACAGAAACACAAUAAAUAAAGUAGAUUUUGAGGAACUAACGCCGUUGCGGCAUCAUCAUAAGAAGCACAAUCAUCAUCAUGAGACACAUGAGGUAGAUAAUAAUAGUAUUCAUGAAGAUGAGACAAUGCCCGCAAUUCAUCAACAUCAGGACGGUCUUAAUAUAAUGUAUCGACAUAAGAGACUUAAUGGUGGAAAGACAACGACCACAAGUGCACCAACUACAUCGACAACAACAACAAAAUCGACGACGACGGUGAAGACAAUUGAUAAUUAUGAUGAUGAAUAUGAUGACGAAGAAAGUGAUACGAAUAGGCGAGUCAGCGAUGAAGCUCACGUGCAGACGAGAUUAAUUCAGACUCAAACGUCUAACCAUAUACCAAAUGGAGAAUCACUGACGAGUUACAAAUUAAAUAACUUAUCAACAAGAGAAGGUGUUGACAAGAGCUUUCAAGAAAUGCAACGAAAUAAUCAGAAUGAUAUGUGGACACAAGUAAUGCAAAACAUCCGACGAACAAAACUCGAUGGACUUUGUCGCUGGCCUGCCAAAAAAGUUAUGGAAACACCACAUCAUCAUUCAAAAAUUUACAUGCCAAGAAAGUAUGUGAUUUAUCAAUGUAGCGACGAUACGUCGUGCUGUGGAUCAGCUGAGAAAACAUGCGUGGCAAAAAAAUAUGAGGAGCUGACCUAUUACUUCCAAGUUCGAUACAUCAAUCAGACGAGUGCAGUUGAACCUUUAAGAGUACGAAACCACACAGAAUGUGAGUGCAUUUACAGGAACCAGUCACCACGACCUCCUCGUCCUCCACCAUCGUUAAAUGUUUGGACAACAACGACAACAACAAGAAGACCACAAGUGCAGAUGAGAACAACUACACCAAGAUUAAUAACGACAACUAGAGCUCCAGCAUGCAAAUGUCCCCAAAAUUUUGAGUCAGUCUUCACAAAUGAAGGUAAAUGCGAGUGUAAAUGCGAAAGAGGUGGUGCUGAGUGCAGGCUGAUGUAUGAAGGCAAGGAAGGAUUCACAAUUAGUGAUCAGAGAUGCAUUCGAAGCCGUGACUGCACACAGCCCCACUGUCUGUACGGAACCUACCACAUGGACUCAGGUCGCUGUCCAGAUCGAAAUGACAAGAUAAGAGGCUUUUCAAGGCAGCAAAAUCAUCAUCACAAUCAUCAUCAUCAUCAACAGCAGCAGCAGCAACAAAGGUUAUGAUAAGUGAGAAUUUCUAAUGUAAUUUUAUCUGAUAAGAUAUAAAGUUGUAGUUAGUUGAUUGAGUAAUAAUAAUCAAGUGACAAUGAUAAUUCAGUACAGCUAUAACUAUGUGGCGCUAUGUUGUAAUCAUAAAAAAAAAUUUAAGUGAUUUUAAGGAAUUUUUAUUUUGUAGCAAAUUACUGCUGAAUCUAUAAAAACUUUAUUAAGUGAUUAGUAUGCAGCAAGUAAGGCAAAACAGCAUUUUGCGAUUGUCUUUCCAGUGCGGCAAGUUAAACUUUUUUAAUUGCAUUUCAAUCGAGGUUUUGUGAUUUAGAAAAUGAGCUACCUUAAUCGGAUAAUUGGAGUCUCAAGCCUGUAAUCAGUUUGAUUUAAUAGUGCUAAAUGAUUGUGGGAACUAUAAUUAUUGAGAAGAUUUGAGGCUUGUUAAGGUUAAUUUUUUUAUUGGACGUGGAUAAUUAUUUUUGUGAAUUAGAUUUCUGCUUAGUUUUUCAGCUCGAAUUGUUGAUUUUAAGGUGUAGAUUCAGUAAGUAAUGGUGUUUUUAACAUCAGAAUUUCAAUUCUCAGUUCAAUUGGACUAGUGCAAACUUCAAGAAGUCCCAUUCUCAAAAAUCAAAUAUCAGCUUAUUAAAGUUCAAAUUCAAAACUUCAUCCAACUUUACUCAACUUUAACUACUUACAAUUAGUAAGAUUUUUUUCAAAAAAUUUAAAUAAAUCUGAAAAUAAUGAAAAUCUCACUUGAAUAAUUAAAAUAAAAUUGUAUGAUAAUUUGAAUUGCCAGAUUAGUUUUUAAGCAAAUAUAAUAAUUUUUUAAAAAAUUGAUCAAAAAAAAGUUAUGAAAAGCCUUUAUUAAAUUCUAGUCAUUUCCG